AUCGGAUCCAAACCGACCGUCACAGACCUGGCGUCAAGUCAGAAGCUUGUAGUCUAUGCGUCGCCGGCGCUGCGCUGCGUUCAGACGGCAUAUGCACUACUGGUCGGCCUCGAAAUGGUAGGAUUUUGUGCGCAGACGAGGCGCGAAUCGAGUUUUGAUGAGUCCUUCUAUCUGCUGUUGUCAUGGCUGUGCGUGUUGUAA